GGUACUGUCGCCGAUGCUCGAGACAAGAUUGAGGCUCGAGGAGACUCUGAGGCUCAACGGAGGCAGUCGUGACGUGGUGUCGAUAUCAUAACCGAUCCUCGACUUGGAAUAACCCAGCUGUGCGUUUGCGCCUUUCGCCUUGUGCGCGACGCGGCAAUGCACAGGAACAAUGGGGAUGGUCAGAGGUUGCGCUGAGGACGCCAGAUGCCAUACCGCACACAUGUCCUCCCUAACAUACGAAUCCAGGCUCAACGCAGGUUAUUGAUUAUGCUUGCGGGGUCCGACCGGGAGCCAGACGUUUCAGUAGCAGCAGCAGAGAGUGCAGCAAGGUGGAUGCUGCGCGGCGACGCGCCCCCUGAAUCCCUAAACUGAAUUUUGUGGCCUGUGUUUGAGAGUGCAUGUGUGUGUGUGCAUAUAUGAGUGUGCGCGCGUGAGGGCGAGCGUGAAAGUGUGUGUGUGAGCACUUCCACAUGGCCUCCAUGCAGGACGGGGUGAACUUCUCUGCUCAUCCCUACGGCAAAGUACUGCUGCUGGGGGCCAUCGCCGCCGCCUCAGCAUUCGUGGUCACCAUCCUCAUUGUCGUGCUAUGUGUAGGCUGCCAGAGGAAGGGGAAGACACACAAUGGCCCUGGAGAGGAGAGAAAGCACAGGCUCAUGGACAUGAGUAUACUGCGGCAGUCCAAGCUGCGCUCCAUCAAAUCUUCUAAGAAGAACCGUCCUGCCAGCAUGGAUCUGCUUCUACUCUCUAGCCGUCGCUCAAACUCCGACCUGCGUUCUCAGGGUCGCCAGCUGCCUCAGAUCCCCUCUGGUGAGGACGGGGAACACACAUACGCCGAGGUGGGCCGGCGCGCCUCUCCCACUCGUGGAUCUGAAGAUGCACGCUACGGCGUCGGAGGUCGAGCCGGAGAGACGGACACACCUGCCCCACCGGCAGUUCCUGCUAAUACUCCAGCUCCCCCUGAUCCUGAUGGGGACUGCUUGGAGGGUGGGAUUCCAGAGUCGGAAACCCUCACCCAAGUGGUUAACACACCCCCUCAACCGCAAGAGACAGUGGAGUACGCCUGCAUCAGAAAGGUCAGGAAAGUGGACAAAGCAGCCCAGAAGAGAGACAAUGGGACGGAGACUGAGGAGGGACUUGGACAACAACAACAAAGACACAGUAGUGGGGACAUUAGGCAUGCCCCGCCCACUCACCAAGCCCCACCUCCAACACACCCUCACAGUCAAAAGAUUCCAAGGAAAAACAUGGAGGCCUUCAACCUUCCAUCAUUCCCGAAGGAGGCAGUGUUUAUGGGAAAUGGAGAGCAGUACAUAUGGAAACCUCCAGAAGAUGAUGAUGUCAUCUUCCAGCACAAGCAGAUGGGUAUUCUGGGCUCUCAUGCGGGAGAGAAUAUGGCAGCAUCUGCAGCAGGGAUCACAGAGAUGUACUCGAAAGUCUGCAAACCGGGCAAAAAGAAGCGAGGCGUGCCCGGAUCGCCCACCGCCACAAGGGACAUAAGCGGCUAUAGGACCUUGGCUCGGGGUGACCGUGGUGAGCGUGACGGGGGUUUCAGUGUGGUAGUCAAACCCCAAACGUGGGCCCCGCAGGAGGGCAAAAGCGCAAGAGCGCCACCAGGCUGCAUGGAGGACCACUGCUAUGAAGCCAUCAGCACUGAGGAAACAGACCUGGCUUACGAGACCAUGGAGGGUGGGGGAGGCUGGAGGCGUGACAGGCCUCCACCCAAUGCCAGUGCCACCUUGCGACCUAAGCGGAAACGGCCCCAGCAGCCUUUGCAACAACCGCCCCCGCCCCCUCCACCCCCCCAGCAGACCCCUAAACUGCAGCAUCUCCCAGCUAAAGCAAUGCUUAUUCCUGGGGAGAGCCUGUACGAGAGCAUCCCUGACCUGAAGCAGAGCUCGGCCACCUCCAGCACAACCACCAUCUUUACUUUCAAUGACGGCAUGGAGAUGUAUGUCACUGGGCUGUAGGGGACGCUCUGGGGAAGGGACCUUUCCUCUCCGGGGCUUGAAUCUUUAAUAGGGAGACGUGUGUGUCGAAACCCAAUGGAACAUGCGUCAUUGCUAUAUAUUUUACAUGGGUUCCAAGUGUUAGUUGAGCAUUGAGUUUUGUAAGUCUAGUUAAAGGUCAGUAAUCUCGCAGCACAAUAUGUCAGAACGCUUACGUGAAAAUCCAGACUAAAUGAUUUUGAUUAGUCGCACGACUCCAUCACG